AUGGCCUCCUCGAAGCCAAAACCCGACCCGCUCUCCAUCCAGCGCGGCGACUACGCCCGCACGCUCGCCGGCCCCCUCCUCCUAGGUCUCGGCCGCAUGGUCUCAAUACCCUUGCAACACUGGCUCCUCACCGCGCACCCGCUCUCGCACUUUGGCAUCCCGCGCCCACCCUCUGAUGGCGUGCUCGAAUUACCGCUCGUAGGCGCCCAGCCCCAGCUCUCCACCAUCUUCCUCGGCAUGACCGCGACCCUGAUCCUCAAGCAAAACGCGUGGAUCUGGGGUUACUGCGCUGAGCGCAUCACGGUGCCGUUUGCGUUCUUUGGGGUCGUCGUGCCGGCUAUGUAUGAGUGUCUUUCCGCGCUAGUAUUCUCUUAUGCUUCUUCGAAUCCGCUCUGGCGGAAGGAGUUUUUGUACGUCGGCGCCGCGGUGCAUUUCUUUGCUGCGGCAGUGGAGCUGGGCAGCGAGCUUGCGAGGGCGAGGUUCAAGGGGAGGAUUGAGAAUAGGGGGAGGUUGUAUAAAGGGGGUGCCUGGGGGUUGGUCAGGCAUCCGAAUUAUGCGGCGAAUGUGGUCUAUGGGGCUGCGUAUGGGUUCGCGGCCGGGGGACCGGUGUAUGCGCUUUUCACGGGUGCAUUCUACUGGAGCAAUCUGACAGGCAAUGCGACUCCCGCAAAGGAAAAUUAUCUUGCGGAAAGGUAUCCAGAAGAGUGGGAACAGUACAAGAAGGACGUUCCGUGGAAGAUGUUUCUAGGUAUCUUCUAA